AUGGCUGCAUUGAUCGAUGAAGAAUACCUACAAAGAGCACUUGGCAAAAAUUUCUACAGGGAGACGAUAUCGGUAAAGGAGAGACGGCACAUCCUGUUCGCCACUGAUGAUCAACUAACUUUACUGUCCCGUGCGAAGACAUGGUACCUGGAUGGUACAUUCAAUGUGGUCCGGGCACCGUUCAAACAGAUGUUAUCUGUCCACGCCUUCAUCAGAGCUGGCGACUGUAUGAAGCAAAUUCCGCUGUGCUUUGUCCUGAUGUCAGGGAAAAAGCGAAAAGAUUACAAAAAGGUGUUAUCCGCUAUCCUGCAACAUCUGCCGUCAAUCGAGGUUAAGUCGUUUGUGGUGGAUUACGAGGCUGGACUGUGGCAGGCCAUAAGGGACGUGUUUCCCCAACCUGAUAUCCAAGGCUGCGCUUUUCACUUUGGACAGGCCCUCUAUCGGAAGACUGCAUACAACGAGCGCUGUAACGUGUAUGCACUCCUCAGAAAGACAUUUGCACUGCCGCUACUACCCGUGGAGGACAUUCGACCUGUUUUCGACACAUUACGGACGAAAUCGGACACUGACGCGACGGACAGAUACUUUGACUACCCAGAACGGACGUGGAUGACAAACCCACUGUGGCCUAUUGAUAGUUGUUGCGUAUUCGGUCGGUCCAUACGCACCAACAACGACUGCGAGGGCUGGCAUCAUCGCCUGAACCGACGGGCGAAGAAAGGAAAUCUCCCCUUUUGCUUGUUGCUUCAACUGUUGUGUAAAGAGGCGAAGCUGCUGAAUACACAGGUGCGGUUAGUGAGAGGGAAAGUUGAGGAGACAUCAGAAUAA